ACGUACUCACUCACGGACUCGAUACUCAAUCGUCCGGUCAGUGACGGAGCCCCACACUUACACGGAGCACGUACGUCGUCGUCGUCGUCGCCACCUUCUGACGCCGUGAGGUGGCAGCGCGUCGCUAUUCCGGCUCGUUGACGCGCCCGCGGCCGCGGCCGCGACCCCACCACCUCCGCUCUCCCGUUUGACUACGCUGCUCGGGAGUUCGAGAAGCGGACGAAAGCUCCGCCGCUACGCCUCUAACCGCGGCUAAAUCUGGAGGCGGACACGGGAGCGCCCGGAUAGACGACGAGGCCGACGGGCUCUGACAGGACAUCGGAGCACGAAAGUGGGAGCUCUUGGCGGGCGGUGGAUAUCGGAGGUUCCGCUUAUCGGAGGAAAGCCUGGAGGAGUACGAUACGGGCGACCGCACCGGCGAGCCGAGUGCAGUUCGGAAGUGAUGGCCGAUGUUCGUGGAAGCUUCGAAUUUAGCAGGAGGAGAGCGGCAGGCGGUUUAGAAAAUGAUCAUUGUAAGAAGAACCUUUCUGCGCGGUCUCUUUCGAUCAUCGUGGAGUCCAGGGCCCCGGCUCGUCGUAGAACCUACUGUUGGGAUGUGACGCGGAGCGAGCGAGAGGCGGAGGUGGAAGGUGGGAAUCAUUCCCACGUUUUUGUCGAUGUGGGAAUUUCCGCAUUUGCGCAUUUGCGCAAUUCCGCAGUUGCGAGUUUACCUGCGAGGGUGCAUGGUUCCGGGCACGCAGAGGGGAAGGGGUCUUGGCAGUUCGAUCCAUGAGCGAUGGGACUUCGCAUCCAAAUCACCUCCUCCUCCUGCUGGUCCGC